GAAACGGUCCGAUUGCCAUUUAAAGACCUCUCUCGAGAUCUCAUACCCACAUGCGCUCAUCUCUUGCAGGUUUCACAGAGAGAGAGAGAGAGAUGGGUAAGAAGAAGAUCCCGAUAAGAAGGAUAGAGGACAAAGGUUCGAGAUUGGUCACCUUCACCAAGAGACGCCAGGGACUCUUCAAGAAAGCAGCUGAGCUUUCCAUUCUCUGUGGCGCUGAUAUUGCUAUCUUCACCUUCUCUCCUGCUGGCAAGCUCUACUCUUUCGGCCACCCAUGUGUUGAUUCCACAAUCGACCGCUAUCGCCACUACACCCAUGGUGGGCCCUAUCUCAUUCCUAAUGCAUCCACCGUCCAUUCCGACGUCUCCAUCCAGCUUUCGCAGCUCGAACGUCAUCUGCAAGCUCAAUUGCAUAGGAGGAGCAACAGCGUGGGGUACUGGUGGGACCGCCUGAAGGUCCAUGAUUAUGUCAGCGUGGAUGAACUUAAGCAAUUGAAGAAGGGCUUGGAAGGACUUAAAGGGAAUGUGUUGGCGCGUGCGGACGAGCUUUCAAGAGCUGUCUGCGUUUCUCCUCUGACAUGCAUUGGAUUCGACAGUGGUACUUCACAUCCCGCAGGAUCCUCUUCCACUGUACAAGGGCAACAUCCUGCAGAAUCCUCUUCCACUGUACAAGGGCAACUUUCAGUUUCAUUGCCUUCAGAUGAUGGGAUUUUCAACAAUCUUUCUCCACUCCGCGAUGCUUCUCUAUUCCUACUCAAUACUUGAAGCUGUUCCUUG